AUGGCUGUCACUUUUAAUUCGUUAGCGAUGUCGGAAAAACCCAAGUUAACACCAAGCAUGCGCGGCAUCGAGAUGGCUGUUUUUGAGCUUGACAUUUCAGGCAAAGAUGUUGCCGAAAUACAAAAUGAAAAGCCGUUAGAUGAAAUUAGAAAAUUAACUGCAUCGCAAAAUCAAAUUCAAUCACUCGCAUUUCUCGAGCAUACUCCAAAUCUUGUUGAUCUUGAUUUAUCACAAAACCAGAUUUCCGAAGGUGUUUCGAAUUUCAGUUUAUUAAAAUUCAUCCACUCAAUCAAUCUCAGUUCAAAUCUUUUUGAGAACGUUAAUGGAUUCCCAACAUUGAAUACUUUAACUUACUUAGACUUAUCUUCCAAUCAUCUUGCUUCUGCUGGAGAUAUUCCAUCUCUUCCUUUCUUAAAGCAUCUCAAUCUUUCAAAUAACUCAAUUACAGCUCUAAAUUUAGCUGUUAUGCCAUCCCUUCAAAUUCUUAACUUGCAAGGAAAUUUACUUGCAAAACUUGAGCUUCCAAACCUUCCUUCGAUUAGAGAAAUAGAUGCUAGCCAUAACUCUAUCGAAACAAUCGAUCAAUUUACAGAGGAAUCACUUCCAUAUCUUUGGUCUCUUAAUCUUAGAUAUAAUCAACUCAAAACACCCGAAGAGCUUCACUCCUUUGAGAAGCUUCCAUUAUUAUUCGAUCUAAAGAUAGAGAAUAAUCCACUUAUUCAGGAAGAUAAGAGCCAUAUUCCGCCAAUUCUUGUUAUUUUACCAACUCUCACAAUAUUAGAUGGAGAGCAGGUAAAUGCAAAGAACAAAGUUAAGGCUGAGCUCAGUGUUAAGAGCGAAACUAUGUUGUAA